GGCGGAGUGACUCGGCGGCCAUUAGCUGUGUGUAGUUGCCCGGGACUGGGAGCUUAAGUGAAGAGGGAAGCCUUACUCGGUGGAAAUCUACCGUGGCCAUGGGCUCCUGCCGGGGCUAGCCCCAGAGUACGGAGAAGGCGGGCUUUUCGGUGCCCCGCCCCGCCCAGUGGCGGGGCCCACUAGGCCUCCGGGCAUCCCCGGUCUCAAGUAGGCCUCGUCUGCCGGCAAGGGCGCCCCAAAGGCGGGAGGCGCCAUGUCGCUGGUUGCUUACGCCAGCAGCGAUGAGAGUGAGCCGGAUGAGGCCGAGCCGGAGCCGGAGGAGGAGGAGGCGGCGGCCCCUACAUCUGGGCCCACUUUAGGGGGCUUGUUCGCUUCUCUCCCCGCACCCAAGGGCCCGGCCUUGCUGCCUCCGCCCCCCCAGAUGCUGGCCCCAGCCUUUCCCCCGCCGCUGUUGCUGCCCCCGCCCGCCGGGGACCCCCGGCUCCAGCCUCCGCCGCCCUUGCCCUUCGGCCUGGGAGGCUUCCCCCCACCUCCGGGCGUGAGCCCGGCUGAGGCGGCGGGAGUUGGGGAGGGGCUGGGGUUGGGGCUGCCUUCGCCCCGGGGCCCUGGCCUCGGCCUGCCCCCCUCCAUGGGCGGUGCCGGGCCCCCCCUGGGCCUUCCCAAGCCAAAGAAGAGGACGGAGCCCGUGAAGAUCGCGGCGCCGGAGCUGCGUCAGGGGGAUUCAGAUUCCGAGGAAGAUGAGCCUUCCAAGAAGAAAACUGUCCUUCAGGGAUCCGGCGAGGGGACUGGUCUGUCUGCCCUGCUUCCCCAACCUAAAAACCUGACGGUGAAAGAGACUAACCGGUUGCUCCUUCCGCACGCCUUCUCCCGGAGACCCUCGGAUGGCUCCUCUGGCACCAAGCCCUCCAGACAGGCCUCUAAGCCCAAGCCCUGUCCCCCGGCCUCUGUCGUGGGCACCACAACCACCACCCCGUCACCCUCUGCCAUCAAGGCUGCCGCCAAGAGCGCUGCCCUGCAGGUGACGAAGCAGAUCACGCAAGAGGAGGACGACAGUGAUGAGGAAGUAGCCCCCGAGAACUUUUUCUCCCUCCCUGACAAGGCUGAGCCGUCUGGAGUUGAGCCAUACCCUUACCCCGUCCCCACUGUCCCUGAAGAGCUGCCUCCAGGCACGGAACCAGAGCCGGCCUUCCAGGACGAUGCAGCCAAUGCUCCCCUUGAAUUCAAGAUGGCAGCGGGCUCCAGUGGGGCCCCUUGGAUGCCUAAGCCUGGGGACGACUACAGCUACAAUCAGUUUUCCACAUAUGGCGAUGCCAAUGCCGCUGGUGCUUAUUAUCAGGAUUACUACAGUGGUGGCUACUACCCUGCCCAGGACCCGGCCCUGGGCCCCCCCCAGGAAAUCGCCCCAGACGCCUCCUUCAUCGAUGACGAAGCAUUUAAGCGGCUGCAGGGCAAGAGGAACCGAGGGAGAGAGGAGGUCAACUUUGUGGAGAUCAAAGGUGAUGACCAGCUCAGUGGGGCCCAGCAGUGGAUGACCAAGUCAUUGACAGAAGAGAAAACCAUGAAGUCAUUCAGCAAAGUAAGUGGGAAGGUCUGUUGUGUGGCCCCAAAGCAAAAUCUAGGCCUACCCCUGUGCCACACUGAGAUUGGGAAGCUUGCAGAGGCGAGCGAGAGGCUCCUCAGCACCCCAUUCGGCUCACCACACCCGUGUCCCUUGCCACAGGCUAAGGAGCGGGAGCUGGAGCUGAAGAACACCUGGUCGGAGAACAAACUCAGCCGUCGGCAGACCCAAGCCAAGUAUGGAUUCUAGGGCUCUGGACCUGACCGUUUCUGGGGCUCCUGCCGCCUGGCGCCUGGCCUCACUUCGGGGACCCCGCUGCUCCAAGCCCAGGGUCUCUAUCCCUGAGGACCCGGCCCUCGCCUCUGCGAGAAUGAACACAUUUGAUAGAUUUUUCUUAACAAAAGUUAGAAAAUUCAGCUCCUCUGUCUUGGAGCUAGCAAAGACUCAAGCGAUGCUUCAGAUGGGGCUCUGAGUUCCUGGAUGGGAGUGGGGCUCCCUGGUGGGUGUGAUGAAAUGGGGAGCCCCUCUCUCCACUUUUUUUUUUUUUUUUUAAACCAGGGAUGUCUGUUGAAAUAAAACAUUCAGUCUGACAGACGUUGCUUGCCCUAACCCCUUUCCUA